AUUUAAAAAUCUGUAUUUUUUUUAUUUUUCAAAUGACUUUUCCUCCGUUGCGUGAGGGUGGUUUCUGGUGAACUCCAGUCCGCAGUGAGAGCGCUGUUUCGGGACUGACGCACCAGCAGGAGGGCGGGGGCUGUCACUAAACUAAGCUAGGCUAGUUAGCACGCUAGGCUAACAGCUUCAGCCCCCAGAAAAAAAAACCCCCCUUACCUUGGGAGAAACUUUGUGAGAAAUCAAUCGUUUAAUAUCGACUAUAAUGGAAUAUUAUGAUAAGAUAAAAAUAAUACGUUUUUAGUGUAAAACAAACAUAAAAUGAAGCCUGGCAGUGUUGGCAGUGGUAGUUAGCUAAUUAGCUCCUAUUAGCGUGUGUCAAAACAUCCACUGACAGCAGAGGGAUGUCACCAUAACUUAUAUUUCUAUAAUAACACAAAGUUAUUAGACAUGUGUUAUCAUGAGAAUAUCAAUUAGCAUGAAGUUACGUGGGACGAAAAGCUGUAAACACGCCUGUUGAUGGUGUCUUUGGGGUCUGUUUCUGGCGGUUUGUUUUUGUGGUUCUCGGGCUGAGCUAAACUUUUUAAUUUAUUCUUGCUGUGAGGAGAGUAUUUUGUUAGCAUGGAGGCUCUGGAGCCUGGCAGCGGCUACAGCAGCAGCUCUCUGCGGUUACAUAACGCCAGCAGGUCGGGGAAGAAGCUGCUGAACGUCGCCUCCUCCUCAGCCUCCUCAGCCCGGCUCUGACAGCUGUAAACACACAAACCCCCCAUCAGACAGACAGACAGACACACUGAGAGACAGACAGAUAAACAACAAGAAGCACACAGCAGCAUGCAGGAGGUCUGAGCCUGCUGCUGGGAGACAAUCUGCAGGAGAGACUCAACAUUUCGCUGGAGAUGGAUUCAAACCCGCUGAUAAACGCUAUGGACCCGUCCAUCACGCUGUGGCAGUUCCUGCUCCACCUGCUGGAGGACCAGCGGCAGCGUCACCUGAUCUCCUGGACGGGUGAGGACGGAGAGUUCAAGCUGCUGGACGCCGAGGAGGUGGCGCGGCUGUGGGGUCUCCGCAAGAACAAGCACAACAUGAACUACGACAAGCUGAGCCGAGCGCUGAGAUACUACUACGACAAGAACAUCAUAAAGAAGGUGAGCGGUCAGAAGUUUGUCUAUAAGUUUGUCAGUCAGCCCGACCACUCCAUGGCUGAGGGGCUUCGUAACGGAGAGGAGGGCCAGAGGAGGGACUCCGACCCUAACGGCCAAUCAAAAUGCCUCGGGGGCGGGACCUCGACCUGUCCGUCAAAGGGCUUACCCCAGCGCACGUCACCCUGCGGCUCUCAGAAAAGUUCCCGUAACGACUACAUGAAGUCUGGCCUCUACUCCACCUUCACCAUCCAAUCACUGCAGUCCUCGCCCAACCCACGGCCAAUCAAAACAGAGCUGCUGAUACAGCAAGACGCCGCCGCCAAGGUCGAUCUACAGGAGGUCUGUGUAAUAUCAGAGUCUCCUCCUCGUUCGAUGGACUCUGCUCUGCAGGUGAUCGUCACUCAGCCGUCUCCGUGUGCGACUCCAGCUCUCAGCCCGCAGAUACCCACCUGCACCAACAGCCAAUCACAGAAUCCUCCUGCACCCCCUCUAAACGACCCUCCCCAGAUUUAUCUCACCAGUGUCGGUGAUCCGUCCUCCCUGACCCCCCUCAUCCCCAUCAGUGGGUCCAGUCCUGUGCCUCCCCCUCACAUAUCGAUGGCUUCUCAUGGGCAGGACGAGUGUGGGGUAGUCACCAGCCAGGCCAGUUACCCCCCUCAGCCCCACUCUGCUCCUCACCCGAAUCAUCAGCCUGUCUUCGUCAUCAUCAACCCCCCUCCCUCACAGCAGCAGCAGCAGCAUCAAGCGGCCAUGGCGGCUGCUCCUCCCUCCGUCGCUCCUCCUCCCCCAUCUAACGUCCGUCCCCCUCCUCCUCCCAUCGUCAUCAAGGAGGAGAACCUGCCGUCAGAGGAGGAGCUGCUGAAGAUGGUGUCUCUGAAGGAGAAACAGGUGGAGGAGGUCCCUCAGCUGAUCUGCGGCUCAGGGGAACCAGAGCCCCCCAUCACUAUCGUCGAGAGCCCUCCCCCUCCCUGCAUGGAGCAGGGGGUCACAGGUCAGCAGCCUGCAGGGGAGGGCGAGGACAUGCAAACAGAUCCCCCCGCCCCGGUGACCCACUCCCCAGUGGUUAAUCCUGCUGUGACAUCAGACGCUGUUCCUCCUAAACCAAAGAAGCCCCGAGGCCUCGAGCUGCCCUCCUCCCCCUCACUCCCACCCGGCCUCUCCCUGGAUAAGGUGAAUGCAGCUGUUAACAGUUUAUUGGCUCCUGGAUCUGCGACCAACACACUCACCCCGACCGUCUUCACCUCACACUCGCUGGUCCAGACUCCGGUCCUGUUGACUCCCAGUCCUCUUCCCUCCACCAUCCACUUCUGGAGCACCCUGAGCCCCAUCGCUCCUCGCUCUCCGGCCAAACUCUCCUUCCAGUUCCCCACUAACGGCAGUAAUCAGAUCCACAUCCCGGCUCUGAGCGUCGACGGCCUCUCCACCCCGGUGGUUCUGUCCCCCGGACCCCAGAAGCCCUGAGCCGUCUGCCCGCCCUCACGGAGCUCCUCGCUGGGCUCAGAACUCGCCUCGCCUCCCGGAAGCAGGAGAUCUGGAACUCCAGUAAAAACCGGGAACCACGUAGUGUGCCUCACUGGUAAGACUGGGAGAGUGGUUAAUGGGGACGUUUCACUGGUGGGGAAUCGUCGUCGUCAGGAGUCGUUGGAGAUUUUAAACCCCUGUUCUGAAAUUGUAUUUAAAGGUGCAGAGAGCAGGAUGUCUGGGCUUCAUCCUCCUUUAACUUUCAUUUCUGUCAGAGGUUUUAUAGCGAUGAUAGAUUGGGUGACGCUGGGAAUAACGGAACACUUGAACGCAACUUGAGAAGCUGCAGAAGACGGACGAGGUGAAGGGAUCUAUUUUUUUGUACUUCUAACGGGGCUGCAACUACGACGCAUCUUGAGGAUAUUUUUAAUGGAUGUCAACAAGAUUUAUAAAGAGGUAAAACGGAGGCAAAGCGGCAAACUGGAACCAGAGUUUUUACUGGAGAAACUUUACAUUUAAUACGGAUCGACUAAACGGUCGAACCUGAAUCCUGUCAGACAUUUUUAAGCGAACCAGAACUAGAAAUCAUGAGGAAACGUCUGGAUUUUUCUCUAAACACGUCCUUUUCGGGGCUAUUUAUCGUCUGUUUUUUUCUAAAAAGUGGUUAUUUAUUCCUGUUUGAGCGUUUCUCUGCAGGGCGAGCUUGUUGAAUCUUUCAUUUUAUAAACCCCCCCCCCCCCAUACUGGAUUCCAUCAGACUUUUCGGGAUGUUUAAGGGGACUUGCUUCGCUGUUAUUGGCCGCUUUUUUAACGGCCUCGCCUUUUUCUCCACUUAUGCAUGGCCUGUUAUUGGCGAAACUCCUCCACAUGACUUUUGAACGGACCAAUCACAGAGGAGGGAUCGAUGGAGCUGAGCUGCAGGCGCUCAGAUUUUAACAAAGCCAAGUUAUUUCUCUAUAAAAGUCUCUCUUAAUGUGACAGAUUGUAUAUUUUCUAAAAGAAGAACAUGAACUGAAGUCCCUCUGCACGACGAGAGUCUUAUUGGUCACAUUCCUCUGGCUUUACAGCGUUGAUAGAGGUGUUUGUUUUAGAGAUGAAUUACCGCUAACCGUUUUAAUUUCAGCGUUCAUUCCAGGCGUGAGUAGAUCUUUGUCGAGCAGCUUCUAGCGGUGAAUGUUUUUUCUGCGUAUUGUUCCUGAAAGCCUCGGAUUCGUGGUGUUGUACCUCUGCAGGGUGAUGUUGCCUGCAGGUUUUCAUCAGUUUCUGCCACAAAGUAAGGUCCAGUGUGUAGGAUUCAGGGACCUUUAUUGUCAAAGAGUCACAAAAAAAUAUAAGAAACGUGUUUUUGUGAGCUUUACGUGAGCCCUUCGUUUAUUUAUGGAAAGCUCUUAAGGUGACUGCCAUGUGUCUGCAGUAGCCCAGAAGGGACAAACCAAACUCUGGCUCUUGGAUUUAGAGCUGCUAAUGCACCAGUUAGAGGAGGAAGAAAGGGAAAGUAAGAGGACUACUUUUUUGUUCAGUGGCUCCUCUGAGAUGCACAAUGUGUUAAACUUGUGGCAACAUCAGAACCUGCAGAAACACCCUAAAAGAGAAGCUGCAGUUCUCUAGAAAAACAUGACCUGUUUUUGUACAAAGUAGGGCUGUACCGAAGAGUUGGAACGUUAUAUUUUGCAUGUGUAUUUAUGGUGUUUAAAUCGAGUUUGUGCACACAAAGGUUAGAGCUACUCUAAAAUGUGCAUACCAAGAACUCCAGAGGGUUGUAAAGACUUAAAGAUUCUAAUCAUUUCCAAAAUGUUUUUGAUCCAGUGAAAUAUUUGUCCAUAUUUGUUGGCGUUUUUAAAAACACAGUAUUUUUCGCUAAAAGAAAAGCUGUGCUCUCCCGCAUGCUGCAAACAAAGGGAGGCCACGGUUAUAUGCAUUCAGAUAUAAAUAAUGGAUUUCAUUUUAAAAGUAAAGUCAAAUUAAUCAUUUUACUCAGACUUACGAUUUGGUUUGGAGUAUUUUCUACCUUUUUUAUGAGGAUUGAUGUCCUAAAAUAAGAGGACAGACAUUAGGAGGACAGACAUUAAGAGGACAGACAUUAGGAGGACAGACAUUAAGAGGACAGACAUUAAGAGGACAGACAUUAACAGGAUUAGGAGAACAGAUAUUAGGAGGACAGACAUUAGGAGGACAGACAUUAGGAGGACAGACAUUAAGAGGACAGACAUUAGGAGGACAGACAUUAGGAGGACAGACAUUAGGAGGACAGAUAUUACGAGAACAGACAUUAGGAGAACAGACAUUAGAGGACAGACAUUAAGAGGACAGACAGACAUUAGGAGGACAGACAUUAAGAGGACAGACAAACAUUAAGAGGACAGACAGACAUUAGGAGGACAGACAUAAAGAGGACAGACAUUAGGAGGACAGACAGACAUUAAGAGGACAGACAUUAGGAGGACAGACAUAAGGAGGACAGCCAUAAAGAGGACAGACAUAAAGAGGACAGACAUAAAGAGGACAGACAUUAGGAGGACAGACAUAAAGAGGACAGACAUUAGGAGGACAGACAUAAAGAGGACAGACAUUAGGAGGACAGACAUAAAGAGGACAGACAUUAGGAGGACAGACAUAAAGAGGACAGACAUUAGGAGGACAGACAUAAAGAGGACAGACAUUAGGAGGACAGACACUAGGAGGACAGAAGCUUUGCAUUUGAAUAAAGACAUUCGGUACAGCUCUAACAGAAAGGCCCAAAAAUCGAUUUUCCACAAAGUAACGUUUUUUUGGGUCUUUAAGCUAAAACUGACCCUUGUUAUGAUUCCUCUGAACAGACUGUUGUAGUUGUUGUUGAUGUUGAUGUUGUUGUUCUUACUGAUGCUGGCUUAGCUCUGUUGUUGCCACGGUAACCUGACCCUGACUGUUGUCGCCGCCGUCGACGUCGUUGUUGUUGUUCUUGCUGCGGAGCAUCUGACGCUCCCCCCCCCUCCCGUGAUUACGCUGUUAUUGACGUGUUGCUAUGCUACUGUGUGUGACGCCGAGGCUGAAGACACACACACACACACACACACACACACACACACACACAGGAACUGACGCUGCAGUUUUAACAACAACAACAAAAUCACAGUCAUAUCUGAGGUUGUUGGCACGCUGCAAAAAGUCUAAACAAGCCAAGACCACUAGCUUAAAAAAAAGGACACGCUGAAUAAAUGACGUCCAGGGCGACAUAUCAUCAACUACAAUGGGAUUAAAAAAGCACACACUGCUGAGAAGUUAGUCAGCGUGAAAGAUCACGCUUGAUUGGGAACCGUCAGAUGUUGGUAUACUAAAAUGUAAAGUAAGUAUUUAAUGCUUUAAAAAUAUACGUUUUGGGGGUUUGUUCAAGGUCUUGAAAGUGUGGAAAAGGCCUAAUUUGACCAGUUAUUUUUUCAAGAUCAACAAUUUGCUUUAUUUUAAUAUAAUAUAAUAAUUACAUGUAUUUUUAGAAGCAAAUUCAAAUCGACAAACAAAUGUAUAAUCAUUUUGAAACAAUGAAUUAAUGUUUACAUUAUUUUAAUAUUCUCCUUAAAAUAGAUUUUAUUUGAACCAUUUAUCUUGUAAAAAAUGUUGGCUAAAAAAGUACUUUUUUGUGGCCAAAAUAAAGAGGGACAAAUAGUUUAAUUCAUAGAUAAAGAAAUAAGUACACGGUCAAUAAUCAUCGCUUUUUCGGACUGCAAAUCAAAAAAUCCAGAUGCAGGUUUCAACAGUGAUUCCCCCUGUUGCGCAACACUUUGGGGAGGUCUGCUGACCUUCUUCUGAGUUCAAAAACUAUUUGAAAUACCUUGUUUUUCUAAAUCCCUUCCACUUCCAAACCUAAUAGCAGCUCUUGGCUUGUGAAACCUUUCAGCUGCUUUCAGUGUUGUUGUUAUUUACUGAUCUACAGCUUACAUACUGUUUGACACUCUGUGGUGUCUGAGCUCCAGGUAUUUAAUCAGCCUGGAAAGAGACCCACAAUGUCCUCAGCUGUCACCUAACCUGAGACAUUUCCAUAGAAAAGUCUGCACACGUUUUAAACUACACCUCAGUUCCUGACGCUGUGAUUUCCUAGCCUCGGCGGUGAUGUGAACGCAGCACCGAGCCAUCGUGUUUCGACUGUUUCUCCUUCUACGGCAUGACUCUAUUUUUCUAUCACAAACGCCUCGAGUUUAAAGAGCGACGACGAAGCCUUAAAGAGCUGCAUCUUCAUCGCGUUUUUAAAAAGAGACAUCCUCCAGAUGAUGAAGAUGAAUCAAAAUAAGCCAUUUUAAAAAAAGAAAAGCUGAACUUGGGACGAAGGUUUUUGAGUUUCUCUCACCAGCAGAACAGGAAGAAUGUUUUUAUAUCAUCAAGAAUUGUACGCUGUAAAAAAUGAUGUGCCACUUUAAACAGGACAUGAUGUGAAAACUGGAAUCAAGUGAAAUGAUAUUCAGACAUUUUAUAUUUAGUUUUUAAAAUGUGUUUAGAUAUUCAAACGUAACAAUAUAAAGGUCUAAUAUCCCAUUUAGAGAAUCCCUGAUUAAUUAUACAUGUAUUAUUAAUUCAUAUCAUUUUAUGGAUUCAUUUAUUAUAUUUCUGUCUAGAAAAUGUAAAGUAAUAAAGUCAAAUGUUCCAAAGUGACAUAUCAAAUAAUUCCUUGGAUUUAUUUGUUUAAUUAAAAGAUGACCAAAAAAAUUCAGCGCUUAAAUUACAAAAUGAGGUCUUAAUCAGAAAACCUGUCAUUUCUAUAUUAAAUCAGUAAGCUUGUAUUAAUUACAUCUCCUAUAUAAGAUCAUUAUUAAAACAUGACUUAAUAUAUAUCAAUACGGGAUCAACUCUGCGCUGCCCUUCUUUAGAAUUGAAAUAAAUCCACUUUUAGGAGAAAACUCUGGAAUACUUUGAUCAGGAUUGAGAUUGUUAAACACCAAUUGUUUGGAAUAUUAUGAAGUAACUGGAUUAUCCUUUUAAAAUGUCUUUUCACCAGUGGAUAUCCUUUAAUUUAAAUAUAACUUAAAACCAAUUCCAAGGAAGGUUAUCUUGUAAACAGUUGAUGGAAGCCACCGUCACAAUCACAGAAAUCUCCUCUUUGUCAUUUAGACCCCUCUUCAUUUAUAUAUAUGAAGUGGAAAUGGAGAGAGGUAUCGGUCCCCGGUUUAUUUAGCUUUUAUUUUAAUGUUGAACUUAUUGGUUCGUAGUAAAACUGGCACAUUAUUUUGAACACUUGUCCAAUAAUCCAGUGAAAGUCGAGCGGUUUGUGAGAUAAAUGUUUGCAGCGUUUCAUAAAAGCUUGAUGUUCUGUGAAGACGACCCCAUGUUGUGAACCACAGCUCUCGUUAACGUGUUCGUUUCAUCCUCUGAUCUCUUGAAGUCUCUCUACAUUUAUAUAUUUUAAAAAAUGAACAGAUCUGUGGGAGACAUCUGGAGCUUUCUGUCUGACCGGCUGUGGAGAAUCAGAGUCUGAAAUCAUUAUGCAAAAUCUUUCUGGUUUUUCUACACGUCUUUCAUCCUGUCACGUCCUCACACGGCCAAAAGUGUGUGGACAUCAGUGGAGACACCGGGGUCUUUAAUCGCACAAAUGUCAUGCUGCUUUUCCUGUUGUCAAAAAGUGCCCCUUUGUGUCUGUUGGGAUUGUUUUUUAAAUGUGAAAGGCUUUGCAUGACUUUAAUGGUAAUUAACGCCUCACAUUUUUCAUCAAGCUACAUUUGACAUUACGCAUUUAUAAGAUACUUUAUUUUAUUUUUUUCGGGCAAUCUGAUUUAUUGAGCACUUUUGAAAUUAACAGAGAAUUUAAACAAAUAUUUUAAAAAUAUUUAUAAAUGUUAAAAAAUCCCAACCCUAGUUUUUUUAUUUUUAAAAAUCAUCUCUAAAUUAACAAACGUCAAAAAUAUUCCCAGAGAUUUACGGUUUUAGGCCCUUAAAAUGAAUCUUUGACGUAAAAAAACUAAAUAUUUUGAUUAUUUUUUACAUUUACUGAACUGAUUGUGACCUUGUGCUUUUGGCUGUGAAAUUAUUUUCCAGUUACUGAUGUUAAAAAAACAACAACCUGUUUUCCCAGAGUCAGACAGGAAGCUCCGGAGUCGGGUGAUUGACAGGUCCUGCUAAGAGCUAACUUCGUACUGUUUUUUAUAUCAGAUGUUUUGUGUACAUAGAUGAAAUAUAAUCUGAACAUACAAAUAUAUAUAUUCUGUACGGCUGAGGGUAUGUUGAUGACGUGCUGUUUCCUGUGGCCAAUCGUCGCUGUCAGAUCCUGCGUGGUCCCGCCCCUCCUCGGCUGUGAUUGGUCGAGGGGUUUAUUGAUGUAAAGGGGCCGGGCCUGCUUUUAUUUUUCUGAGACAGAGUUCUAUGUGUCAUUUACUGGAGAAAAAUAUUAAAAGAAAAGCUAUUUUUUAUGGACAUGA